UAUCACCACCUUGAGCUCAGAAUGUCGGCAAACAGCAUAACAAAAACAACCUCCAACCGCCUUCCCGCGCCUGCCCUCUUUGUCGGCCCCCCAUCCCGCAAUGCUUCCAACACAUCCCUCAUCCCAUCCACAGAAGGGAAACCGACACGCACCCCUCUAACCCGCCAACGCUCCCUCCUUGGCCCUGAUUCCAAGCGCCCCUUACCACCCAGUCAUACCGACACCGAUAAUCUCAGCCCCAUAUCAUCCAACCCCUCAGCUCCCUUCAUCCGUCGCCAAAACCAGCAAAACCAAGCCGCCGAUGCUGAAGCCUCGUCGCGCGCAGAAGCCAUAUGGGCUGAAAUGCAAAACACGCUUGAAGAAGUGGAAUUGAGUGCAAUUAAAGGGCCUGGGAUGACUGUGUUUGGAUCUGAGCAUUCCCGCGCAUUAGACGAGCUGCGAAGAGCACAGAUCGAACUUGCCAAAGCGUGGGCAAGAAGCGAAGCCGAAGAGGAAGGGCAAGGUGUGGAGGAGCGGAAAUUGGCAAAAGGGACUGAUGCCGCAGAUAUGCUUGCCACGGACCGUGCUCAGAAGCUUGGUGGGUCUCAGGGCGGUCCCGGGAGCGUGGGAAGUGGGAUUGGGGGCACGUUUGAGAGAAGUAGACUGGAAGAAGAGACGGAGAAGGAUAUCGAGCUGUCGAGGAAGAGGAGAGAGGCUAAUGACCGGUAUUUUGAAAAGGUCAAUAAGGGUGUCUUGGACGUGGUUAUGAAGCUCGAGGAGGUAGCUGGGGCGAUGAAGGAUGUGGAGGUGGAGAGUAAAGAGAUUUGGGGGGAUGGGGAGAGCGUCGAUACGGCGAGUUUAACUACAGUCCCAAGCGUGACUUGAGAACAUUGGCAGAGUGCCCAUAUUCGUUGCCAGAAAGAUGUACAGGGCUCAACGAGCUGAACACCUAACGCACGUCUUUCAAAAGAAUGGCAGCGUAACGAGCUUAUCUUCCAAGCUCACCAGCGAUAUCUAGACCUGAUGGAGGAUAUCACCGGCUUAUUCGAUACUCACAAUGCGAUCAUGAAGACCCCCGAAGCGACACGAUAGGUCUACUAGUGUUUUGGGGUUGGUCGCUCUUCCUCAACGGGCACAGCAUGCGCUGCUCGGGGAAAACUUUAAGUGUACCCAACUUUCUCGUGUAUACAGCAUGUUAUCACCCAGUGUGGAGCACAACUGGGAUGGAGUCCAUUCGCCGAGCCUCUUGCUAGAAGAAAGGAGAACAUC